AUGGCCAAGUACAUGUCGGUGGCGGCGACCGCCAAGCCGGCGGCCGACCCGACGCACCCGCUCACGCGCGCGGGCUACCUCUCCAAGAUCACGUUUGGCUGGGCGAACGCGCUCCUCGCGCUCGGCCACGAACGCCAGAUCGACCCGGACGACCUCUGGCCGCUGGCGCCAGAAAACACAUGCAAGGUCGUGAGCGGCGUCUUUGAGCCGUCGUUCGCGUCGUCGCAUUCGAUCGUCAAGACCAUCUUCUCGCUCUACGGCUGGCGGCUCUUCUUUGUGGGCCUCCUCCAGGCGCUCACGUUGGGCUGCACCUUGUACGGGCCGAUCGUGCUCCGGACCAUCUUGACCGCAGUCGAAGGCCCGUCGUUCGACCUCGUGCACGUGCUCCAGUUUGUCGUCUCUCUCUUUGCCGUGAAGGCGCUGCAGGCGAUCCUCACGGCGCAUGCCAACCUCGCCAACCAGCUCAUUACGAUCAAGAUCACGUCGGCGCUGCAGCACCUCCUCUUCCAGAAAGCGCUCGUCCUUGACGCGGCCUGUCGCCGGGACAAGACGGCCGGCGAAAUCGCCAACAUGUUUUCGUCCGACAUCCAGUGGAUCAUCUCGUUCGCCAUGUACUCGAACCAGAUCUGGCUCAUUCCGCUCCAGCUCUUUAUCGUGCUCUAUAUGCUCUACGACGUCAUUGGGUGGGCGACGUUUGUCGGCGCCGCCGUCAUUGCGAUCACGCUCCUCAGCAACAAUGUGCUCGCGAUCGCCCAGCGCAACGCGUUCAAGACGCUCAUGGCGCAGAAGGACGAGCGCAUGAAGGCUGUCAACGAGGUCUUUGGCGCCAUGCAGAUCAUCAAGCUCAACGCGUGGGAAGAGAAGUUUGGCGACAAGAUUGCCGACCUCCGCCGCGACGAAGUGUCGACGCUCAGCUACAUCGUGACGCUCACAUCGGUGCAGAUUGGCUGCCUCUACUCGGCGCCCGUCCUCGUCACUGUCUCGUCGUUUGCCAUCUACGCGCUCGUGAUGCAGCAAGCAGUGACGGCCGCCAAGGUCUUUACCGCGCUCUCCCUCUUCACGCUGCUCCGCGGCCCGAUGAUGAACCUGCCGCAGAUCGUCGCCAACCUCAUGCAGGCGGUCGUCGCGCUGAAGCGCAUCAUGGAGUUUCUCAACAUGGGCGAGAAGGACAAUGAUGUCGUCAAGACGCCCGAGACCAUCUCAACGUCGGAACUCAACGCGUAUGCCGAAAAGAAGAUUGACAUUGAGAUUGCCGACGCCACGUUUGCAUGGGACGUCAAUGGCAAGCCGCUCUUCCACGGCAUCAAUCUCCAGAUCAAGCGUGGCGAGUUUGUCUUAGUCCACGGCGCGGUCGGCGAAGGCAAGUCGUCGCUCAUGUCGGCGCUGCUCGGCGAGAUGCACAAGCGCCACGGGUCGGUCUUCGUGGGCGGGCACGUCGCGUACUUUUCGCAGCAGGCGUGGAUCCAGAACCUCACGAUCCGCGACAACAUCCUCUUUGGCAAGCCGUACGACCGGAAAAAAUACAACGCCGUCUUGGACGCGUGUGCGUUGAGUAAAGACCUGACGCUCUUUCCCGCCGGCGACCGCACCGAGAUUGGCCAGAAAGGCGUCAACCUCAGCGGCGGCCAGAAGGCGCGCAUCUCGCUCGCCCGCGCGUGCUACAGCGACGCCGACAUUUUUCUGUUGGACUCGCCCUUGUCCGCCGUCGACGCGAUCGUGUCGAAUGAGAUUUUCACCAAGUGCUUUCUCGGUCUCCUCCGGCACAAGACGAUCGUGCUUGUGACGCACUCGCCCGAGAUCAUUGCGUCCUCGUACAUUGACCGGUCGAUCGAGCUCAAGCAAGGCAAAUUGCUGGUCACCGACGUCGAGAAGCUAGACGCGCCAAUCCUUAUCUCGCCACUGAAGGCGCGCGUUGGCUUUGCGGCCGACGAAGAGCUCGAGUUGGAUCCCAAGGCGCGUGCAGUGCCGAACCGGGACCUUUUCUUGACGCCGACAGUCGCAUCGCCCUUUCCCAUGGACUUUAUGGGCGCCUCGUACACGCCGUUUGGCGACGGCAACAUGACGUUUGAUGAAGAGACGGUCGGCGGCAAGCUCAUCCUCGACGAAGAGCGCAGUCACGGCCGCGUCUCGACCAAGAUCUUCUCGGCGUACCUCGACGCGAUCGGCGGCUGGCCCAUGGUGUUUCUCUGGGUCGUUCUUCUCUCGGUGUGGCAAGCCCUCGCGAUCGCCGGUGAUUUCUGGCUCAGUACGUGGAGUGCGACGGCGGCCGUCGUCUCCAAGGAGACGUUUUUGGACGAGGCCGAGUACUACCUCGGCGUGUACGCGGCGCUGGCACUGGGUGGUAUCGUGCUCACGAUCCUCCGCACGGCGUCGAUUCUGCUCUCGGGCCUGAAGGCGUCGCGCGUGCUCUUUGAGGACAUGACCAAGGCGCUGCUGAAGGCACCCAUGACUUUUUUUGAUACCAACCCGCUCGGACGCAUCUUGAACCGGUACGCCGGCGACGUGACGACGGUCGAUACGCAGAUCGCCAACACGCUCAGCAGCUUCCUCGCGAUGGUCUUCAUGGCAGCCUUCGCCCUCGGCACGACCAUUAUUGUCAUUCGGUCGUUUGGCUUGCUCAUCGUCCCGCUCCUCUUUAUCUACGUCUACAUUGGCAACGUCUAUGUGACACCGGCGCGCGAGAUGGAGCGCGUCAACAAGACGACGCGGUCGCCGAUGAUCAACUUGAUUUCCGAGUGCAUUGAAGGCGCGCUUGUGAUUCGCGCGUUUGGCCCGAAGCAAGUGCGCCGCUUCCAGCGCCUCCAUCACCGCAACGUGGAUGGCAACCUCGAGGCCAACUUUGUGAGCUCGGUCUUUGCGCAGUGGUUCUCGAUGCGCAUUCAGCUCACGUCGGCGGUCAUUUUGCUUGUGAUUGCGACCUCGCUCGUCUUCUCCAAGGACUUUAUCAGCCCCGGCGUCAUUGGCCUCGUCCUCAACUAUGCCUUCUCGAUCCUCCCGUUCUUUGAGUGGAUCGUGCAGUGCUGGUCAUCGCUCGAGACGGCCAUGGUCGGCCCCGAGCGUCUCUCCGAGUACGCGGCGAUUGCACCGGAGGCGCCCCGUGUGAUCCACGGAGCGACGGCCCACGACUGGCCGACGACGGGCCAUAUCACGUUUCGCAACAUGAGCUUCCGCUACAAGGAGCACGAUGCGCUCGUGCUCAAGGACGUCAACGUCGACAUUGCGUCGGGCGAGAAGAUUGGCAUCGUCGGGCGCACGGGCGCCGGCAAGUCGAGUCUGACCAUGGCGCUCUUCCGCAUCAACGAGCUCGCGUCCGGCUCCAUCUCGAUCGACGGCGUCGACAUCAAGUCGCUCUGGGACGCGCUCACCAAAGUCAUGCUCCAGUCGCGCAUCGCGUCGGUCGACGGCCAGCUCGAGAGCCACGUCGAAGAGAACGGCGAGAACUUUAGCGUCGGCGAGCGGCAAAUGCUGUGCAUGGCGCGGGCGCUGCUUCGGCAGGCGCGCAUCGUGGUCAUGGACGAAGCGACGGCCGCGAUCGACCACGAGACAGACCAGAACCUCCAGCGCGUGAUCCGGACCGCGUUUGCGGCCUCGACCGUCCUCACGAUCGCCCAUCGUCUCGACACGGUCUUGGACUGUGACCGCAUCCUCGUGUUUGACCAAGGCCGACUCGUGCAGUGCGACACGCCGCAGCAGUUGAUUGACGACGGCACCGGCAUCUUUUACGAGCUCUGCCACGAAGGCGGGUACCUCGACAAGGUGCUCUCGUCGCCGUAA